AUGGAUUCUAAAGCCAUGUCACGGACAUUUACAAAAUCUUCGAGUAAUGAAACAAAGGAUUCGGGUUCAACUGCUAAAAAAUCAUCGGAAGAGUUAAGUCCAAUACCGGAUAGUACGGAAGUGGAACAACCUAGCGGAAGCGUUCCAGAGGAAAUGGAAUUCCUGAUUGGCGAAGAUACCGAACAGUUAUCCGAUGUUACCGAUCCGGAAGUGUAUUCAACAAGAUCAUCUACAGCAAAAUCUAUCGGCAGUAGCAGUAGUCGCUUUUUCGUCUGGUUUAGUCAUGUCUAUCCGUUGAUGAGAAACAAAAAAGUGCGCUACUUAACAGUUAUCAAUUCUGUCUUGCUGUUCAUCAAUGUCUUAAUACUUUUACUUGCGCUUGCACUCCUACUAAAUCAAAUCAUUCUUGCAUUUCGGAUUUCGGGCAUUAUGAAUGAUCAACCAUCACCGUGUAUUUUUACGUAUGAGCCAUGGUUAUCGUGUUCUGCAAGUUGUUGGGAUGGUUCAUCAAAUUAUCCUCAAAUGCGACGUUAUGUGAAUAAAAAUUCGAUAGUGCAAGCACGUGGAGGUGAUAAACCGGAAUGCCCGAAUGAUUUGGAAAAUCGAGUGGAUUUUGCACCUUGCAAUACCUUCAGAUGUCCAACAAAUUUAUCACAGUAUCCAUUUACCCGUUGUUAUUACAAGGAUUCAUUAAAAGAAUCAUCUGGUGGUUGUUAUCGUAUUCGCGAUGUACCAUUGGAUGAUCGUUUGAUUUUUAUGGAUGCAGACUUGACAAAAAAUUGUUCAGAAAUAGAAUGUGAUCAUGUCAAAAAACUCCUAUUUUAAUUCAUC